AUGCCGUUGCCAUGCCAGCCGGCGACCCGGAGCCGGCCGCUGGUCGCAAGGACCCACAUCAGGCUCAGCCGUCGUUGCUGCUCUUCGCACGUAGGACUCACGCCGUUGCUGCUGCCGCCUCUGAUCGUCUUGCUAAUCCUGACAGGCCGUGGUCACGCGGCUUCAUCUCAGCCUGCGACCCGCUACGCCUCGCGCAUCGUCGAGACGAAAAGCGGACAGAUACGUGGAAUACUCCAGGAAUUGAACAGCCGGCACUUAGAUCCUGUGGAAGUAUUUCGUGGCAUACCUUACGCCGCGCCUCCGGUGGGCGAUUUAAGGUUUCGACCUCCGAUUUCACCAAUACCUUGGAACGGUGUCAAGCUGGCAGACACGUUCGGCGCAGUUUGUCCGCAAAACUAUCCGGAUCUUACCAAUGACACCGCCGCGCUUUUGCAGAUGCCGCCCGGCAGGUAUCAACAGCUCAAGAAGAUGACCGUUUUCUUGGCGAAUCAGAGCGAGGAUUGUCUUUUUCUCAAUCUGUAUAUACCCGGAAGUGGAUCUCGAGGACUGGAGGCGCCGUACGCGGUGAUGGUGUACGUGCACGGUGAAAGUUUCGAGUGGGGAUCGGGUAACUUGUACGACGGAUCGGUUUUGGCGAGCGCCGGCCACGUCAUAGUGAUCACUCUCAACUAUCGUCUUGGCAUUUUAGGGUUCUUGAGGACUCGUCCGUUUCCCGACAGAACGAGCGGAUCCGGUGGGAAUCUGGCUUUAAAGGACAUUACGAUGGGACUACGCUGGGUGCGUGAAAACAUCGGCGCCUUCGGCGGCGAUCCAGAGCGAGUGACUCUAAUGGGCCAUGACACUGGAGCGGCGCUUGUGAAUCUGGUGUUACUCGCGCCUUAUAGCAAAGGAUUAUUUCACCGUGUAGUAUUAUCCAGCGGCUCGGCACUAAGUCCCUGGGCUUCGGUGCACGAUCCGAACGAUCUCCGGACGAAGAUCGGCGAACAGCUGGGAUGCGCGACCGAAGGCGAGGAGGACAUCGCCGACUGUCUUCGAAGAGUGCCGCUUAAGACGCUUAUGAGCGCGCAGCUUCCGGAAAUCAGAUUCGUGCCCCGCAUCGGGCCUGGUCUGCCGGUCGAUCAAAACAAUCCCGAUCCGGGUUUGGACAUGGAGCGUGCGAGCGACGCUUUCAUCAAGGUGCCGUUAAUUCUGGGCGUCUCGACAACCGAAUCAAAUCUCGAUUUCAACGCCAACGACAUACAGUUCGGCUUUGAAGAGGAUCAUCGGAAUCGCAUUCUGCGCACCUUCAUUCGCAACGCUUACGUCUAUCACUUGAACGAGAUCUUCUCGGCGGUGCGAAACGAGUACACGGACUGGGACAAACCGGUGCUCCAUCCCAUCAUAAUAAGAGACUCGACCAUGGAGGCGUUGAGCGAUGGUCACACGGUCGCGCCCCUCAUGAGAAUCGCUUUCUACCACGCUCGACGCGGCGCCAAGACAUAUUUUUAUCACUUCAAUCAUCAGACCAAGGAGAACGGCUAUCUGCAGCGGCUGGGAAGCGUUCGUGGCGAAGACGUACCGUAUAUUUUCGGACUGCCGCUUGUGGCGGGAGGGGCUUUCUUCCCGCGAAAUUAUUCCCGACAAGAUCAGGGCGUUGCGGAAGCUGUCCUCACGUUCUUCACCAAUUUUGCCAAGACCGGCAAUCCGAACGAGCCGCACAAGAUCGAGUCGGUUGACUAUGGUACACCGAAGGAGAAGACGCGAUUCCGCGGUCUCACAUGGGAACAAUAUGAGACUGGUUCUCAGCAGUAUCUCACAAUAGCAUUAAAACCAAAGAUGAAAAGUCACUAUCGUGGCCACAAAAUGGCGGUAUGGCUUAACUUGAUACCACAGCUUCAUCGUCCUGGUGACGAUGACGUUUCCAUGCGGCAUCAUCAUUUUCGGGAACGAGGUGAUCAUUAUUAUGCAGGUCCAGUUCGGGAUGAAUGGUACACGCCACUGCCGCUGACAGGCACAACACGGACCAGCUCUUCCUCCACCACUGCCUGUACCACGUCCACGGGCGAUGACAGUCUCAUCGAGGACAUCACUCCGAUCCUGGAUGAUUCCGAGGACGACGCCGAACUGCUACAGAGAUUGGCAUCUCGUCACUAUUAUAGCACGACUACCGCGCUGGCAAUUACCGUGGGCGUCGGCUGCAUUUUGUUGGUACUAAAUAUGCUGAUUUUCGCCGGAAUUUAUUAUCAACGAGAUCGCGACAAGAAACGCGCUGCCAUGGAAUGCCGACCAAACGGACAGGAAUCCCUGCCGAUGACCACGAGAACGUCCAUGAAGACUACCGACAGUCCACGACCUCAGGAACCACCACCUUCAUACACAACCCUUGCGAGAAGUCCUUCCAUUCAGGAACAACAGUUCGCGCAGUCUCAGGACGGCCAAGACGGCGAGCAGUCAAACAAGAAAGAGCCCAGAUCCGGUCAUGGGACCAGUACUCUUCACAAAGAGUCAAUACCGCCGAAACCGCCCGCUAGAACCACCAGUUCUCUCAGCACCACUGCCGGAAGCACCAAUACCAUCAAAAAACGUGUGCAGAUACAAGAGAUAUCCGUAUAGCAUUAGGGGUUGCCCCCGGAGGGCAACGUGCGAACAAAGCGGGUGACUUUUAUGGACGCAGACAAGGUUACUGCGGAGUCUAGAUUCUGAAUAAUUUUUUUUUGUUCGAGCGUCAGACAAUGCCGACCAAUCGAAAGAACUUUCUCUCGUUUAUUCAUUGCGAUUAUCACAAAUGUGUAACUUUAAAGAUAAUUAGCGGAAAAAAUUCGUAAUGGGUCUUUUACGGUGUCCGUUGUGCGUGCGAAUUGUAGCUUUGGAUAUUCCAAACUGUUAGUAUUGGGAUUACAUGUCUGAUCGUAGUUUUACUAUCGGAAAUCGGCUAUUAAUGUCGACCAUUACUACUUACGGCGCAGGUUCGCGGUACGGCAGGUCAUAAACGAGCUCGCACUACUGGACUGUUAUUACUGGCUGAAUGUUGCUACUCAAGUGACACUGUGACUGGAUUUUUUCCACCGGUAAAAAUGUAAGAUCGCACGUGAUUGUUACUACUAUAUUAGAUACGUGCAAUGUACGUAGUUGCUACUUUUAAGAAAGCGUGAUAUUCUCUGCUGUUUCUAGUAAAAUAUGGUGAUUGAGAGUGUCAAGGUAUACACGAAUCAUAAUUAUGCGAGAACCGUGUUAAAUGUAUGUCCCAGGUGCUCAAAAAAUAUCCUGUGUGUGUGUUCAAGGAAGUUUUGUUAUAACUCACAAAGAUGUCGAUACAUGUAAACGUUUCCUAGUUAUUUAAUUCAUUGGAAUAACUUCGGAGACUUUUUUCAGAGACCGCGGAAAAUAUAUAGGUGGCCUUAAGUAUCAUUGCAGCACGUAAAGGAAACGUGUCGAUAUCUUCGAUGUCAUAAAGAAGGGCGCUUAUCGAAAAAUUAUUGGAAAGCGCGUGUAAUUAAAUUUCACACGAUACAUGGACUCGAGAAUUAUUUCCGCUAAAACGCAAUUACAUAGAUCCGCGUAAUAAUACCGUAUGCGGAUCAAUGUGCGAUCAUUUCCGACGACUCUGAUUUGAGAGAUCGCACACUUGACAACAGUCCGAAUACCGACGUCACUUACACAAAUGCAUACCAUCGUCUCGUUUACUGCUUUGUGAAGCAUCGAUUGGAAGGAAGAGACACUCGACUCGAAACGUGGAUCAAACGAAUCGGACGCAAUAACAUCGUCCGAUAUUCGUGAGUGAAACGACGACAGCGGCGUACAAAAGCUUCGCCCGUAAGUGAAAGUGCACUCUUGUUCCUGCUUUUGUAAGACUAGCUGUUGCGAGCUAUUCGGAACUGCAUUCUUCGAAGCGAGUAAUUCCGAUCUUGUCAAGGACAGCUCAACAGCGAGUUUCAAAGUUUAUUCGGACAGAAAGCGCGAUUCUCUCCAAUUGCGUUACUUGUCGCGCGAAACGUACAAUCGCGUUUGGCAACCGUCUAUAAAACUGUAGAUCGGAUCAACUACGAAUAGUGAGUUGACUCCCCAGAGGGCGGACUCAGAUUCGCUAAGUGUUCUCUAAGUAGUCUUCUCAUAGAGAAUAAUCGAACAGUAAUAAGUAUUGCCGCGAGAUAAAACUCUUGGUCAUAUAAUAAAGGCGCUCGUAAAACACACACUUUUCCUCUACGUUUUUCGAAUGCGAAUCUCGAGACUUCCUCUCACCUUGACAGAUCAUAAAUAUUUUCCAUCUCAAUGAAUCGCUGUAUACGAAUUUAUACAAAUAUUGUUAAAGUACAACAUCAAGAAACAAACAUGAUUAAAUACAUUGAAUUGAGAACUUAAACAUAUAUAUAUAUAUAUCUUUGUAUUUUGUUUUUGUUAUUAAAAAAAUAUACAAUUACAUCUUUUGUCUUUGUAGAUUGUGACGAAAAUGUUUGAUUUCAAGAAUUGUUUGUGUUAAAAUCCAGAUGUAUAAACACAUUGACAAGAGCCUGCUUGUUGAAGAAAAUGACUGAAUAUUCUUCUGAAGCUAAGUUUAUGAACAAUAUUAAAUAGUCAUUCAAAGAUGACCACUUCAAAAGUUGAGAUCGAAUAUCUGCUUAAAAACAUAACAACAAAACAGACAAAGUAAUUUCUCUUAAAGUUAAAGCUGCUGAAACUGUUAUGUAUAGAGUUCUCUCUUCUACGACCAAGUAUCCUAAGAGAUUGUGCUCAUAUUUGCAGAGAUACAUUUUGUCUUUGUAGAAAGUCUUUAAUCUCAAAUUAAUAUUCAUGACAUUGCACCAUCAGACUUCACACGGAUAUUAAGUUUUGAGAGUUAUCUUUGUCGUUGUGUGCUAAAUCGAUUCACGAGAGAAAAUGAGACGCGGUUUUCAAAACAUCAUCACAGUAGCGUCGAACGAAACAAGAAUUCUCUGCACAAUAUUAUAAAAAACAAAAAUCUUUGUUGGAUUUAUAUGAAGAAAUUGCCAAAGAACACCUUGUUUAUAUUUCCUAAAAUUAUAAGAUCAUAAGCCUGAAAGUCACUCGUGAUAUAAUAACAGGUAAAACGCUUAUAAGGACUGAAUUUUCUAACAAUUUUAG